CCGAACUUCCGUGCAGAUCACAGCGACGCGCGACGUGCAGUGACUUACACAUGGAGUGCGUGUAGUGUGGCCCUUCUCACCUCGACAUGAACAUACACUAUGCCGGAAAACAUUAGUAAUUUACCGAACAGACAGACACUAUGCCGGAAAACAUUAGUUUUUUACUAAUGACCUACAAGAGCGAGACGGUCUGCGGGAUGUUGUAGCCAUGUUGUCCUCUGCACACUAUCAUGAGCUGUUCAAGCGGUAUGCCCGACGGCCCCUCAAGUGGCGGAAGAGGACGACACCUUACCUACCACUGUCGUUGCCUACCACCCCCUUCCCACUACCAACUACACUCUCCACGGAGAGCAACGAGGUUUGGUGGACAGUUCCGGAGGUGCGGGUGUUGGGGGUCAACAGGACAACGACGUGGGAAGAGCCGGUGUCGGAGGCGGUGGACCACGGGCUGAUGAUGGAGAACACCACCAACCUGACCAUCGACCUUGGGACCAACCUGACUCUGGCCCGGGGCGAUGAGCAGGUGGAGCUAGCCAUAAUGGUGGCGACAGCUUUGGUGCUGGGCCUCAUUAUCUUGGCCACGGUUAUCGGUAACGUUUUUGUGAUCGCCGCCAUCUUAUUGGAGAGAAACCUCCAAAACGUUGCCAACUACCUGAUCCUUUCGCUGGCCGUAGCCGACCUCCUGGUGGCCUGCCUGGUCAUGCCGCUGGGAGCCGUGUACGAGGUUAGCCGUCAGUGGACGUUAGGUCCUGAGCUGUGUGACAUGUGGACCUCAAGCGACGUUCUCUGUUGUACAGCUUCCAUUCUACAUCUUGUCGCAAUAGCUCUGGAUAGGUACUGGGCAGUGACGAACAUCGACUAUAUCCACCAGAGGACGGCACGGAGGAUAGGGUUCAUGAUCCUUAUCAUCUGGUCGGUCUCGUUCCUCGUGUGUAUAGCGCCGCUGCUGGGGUGGAAGGAUCCAGGAUGGGAGGAGCGUAUCACACAGAACAGGACCUGCCUAGUCAGCCAGGAUAUCGGCUAUCAGGUCUUUGCCACGGCCUCCUCCUUCUACCUGCCACUACUCGUCAUCCUCUUCCUGUACUGGAGGAUAUUUCAGACCGCCCGGAAGCGGAUACGGCGGAGAGUGACCGCUUCAGCAGCUACGUCAGCAGGACAAUCCAGGAACCCGGCGACCGGUGGCGUCAUAGCAGGCCUAUGUGCUGCCGGUGCGGCGGGCGGGAGUGGAGGGAUCGCAGCAGCGGUCGUGGGGGUCAUAGGAAGACCGCUGCCCACCAUCUCAGAGGCAACUACCACAACGACCACAACCGCCUUCACCAACGUCAGCUCCACCAACACGAGCCCCGAGAAAGGGUCCUUCGGGAACGGUUUGGAGGCCGAUCCCCCCACAGUGGAUCUCGGAUCCUCUCCGUACCCUCCACCGCCGGUGCACCACCAUCCACCCAAGAGAAAAUCCAAAGAAGCUGCGGACUCUAAGAGAGAACGCAAAGCCGCAAAGACUUUAGCUAUCAUUACCGGCGCUUUUGUAGUCUGUUGGUUGCCAUUUUUCAUAAUGGCCAUCCUCCUCCCCAUAUACAAUGGGGAUAAGUUUUCUCCCUAUAUGAUAGCACUGUUCCUCUGGCUAGGCUACUUCAAUUCCACCUUGAAUCCUAUUAUUUAUACAAUCUUCAGCCCUGAGUUUCGUCACGCCUUCAAGCGCAUUCUGUGCGGACGUUCCAACUCCAUACGUCGUCGAACUCGUCAUCUCGGCGUCCGCCAUCUCCACUAAUUCCCUUUCCAAAACUUCCUCCCCUCUGGUAUUUUUUCCUUGAUUUGGUUCCUUUCUAUACAUUAUUAAUUGAAUAUUAUCUUUUACUUCCGAUCAACUGUUCCGAUUCAUUUUUGUGCUUUUUUACUUCCUCCCUCGUUGCGUUUUUCUUCCACAAAGUAAAACCUCUUUUCCUAUGUUUUCCUUAUUUUUAACCCUCCAUUUAAAAAGGUCCUUGUCCAUAUAGUCCCUUUAGUUACCCCCUCACCACCUCACUUCUGACGCACCACCUGAGCUCCGUGGUCCGCCCACAAGUGAGGUCAGCGUCUGUGAUCCUAGUUAAAUGUUUUGUACCGAUCAUCAACGACUUAAUAGACUAGUAAAUGUUACCAAUGUUAGUAAUGUACUUUUGUUCUUAAUUUGUAGCCUUUUGUUCCUUAAAUGAGCAUAUCUACCCGUAAGACUACCCAGAGUGAUACAAUUGUAGUGAGGUGUUGGUAGUGAAUAAUUAAUUGUUGUUUACCUUAAAAACCUGUUUUGGGAGUAAAUCUGUUGUUUGUGAUUAGUGUUUUAAAAACAGUAAAUCAGUUGCAAGCAUAAAAAUUACUUUAACAACGGAAAACCUAUUCGUUUCCUGAAAAGUAUGUUUUUAAUAAGAAUAAAAUUAUGACAUAACAGCCUCAUUGAACAGCAAAGUGUAUUCUCAGCUCAAAGUGGAUUAACAUUAAAAAGAUUUAAAUUUUAUUGGUUAAUAAUAUACUAUAUAUUAUAAAUUAUAACUUAUUUUUCAGAUUUUAGUUUAUAAUUCUUAAACAAGCUCUUGCCAAAUAAAAUUAAGUAAUUGGCCUUUAAAAUCAGUUAAACGCUAAAUGUAAAUUAAUAUUGACUGUAUUUAAAAAUGAAUGCUUGGAUUAAUUAUACAUUUUAUUGUUUAAAAAAAUAUCUAUACUCCAAAUGGAUUCUCCAAAACCUUAAAACACUUAGGAACAAAAAGUAAAUUUCCUCCUCAGUUUUAAUUCAUACAGUUGUUUGGUGUUACAGUAUUUACCAAGUAAAUUAAAAAUUAAAUUAAAUAAGGGUACUGUUAGUAAAUUAAUUUGGUUUUUAAUGUUUUUGUCUAAAUAUUUAAAAAUAUAUUAAUUGAACGAUAGAGUUCCAUAUUUUUUUGAUUUUGAUAUAAGAUUAUAUUAAUAUCCCCAAUUAAAUAAAGGGAUUUCAUUCAAGAAAAUAUAUACAUCAAUAAUGAAAUCUAAAAAAAUUGACUAUCAAUAAUAAAUAUUGUCUGUAUGUAAUCAUAUAAUGGGAAACUAUACUAGAUGAAUUAAAUAUAUCUAUUAUCUUAUUUUUAUGCUGAUAUGUUUAAUUUCAUAAUAUCAAGCAGUCUUGUUUAAUUUUUUUUAAACAAGACUGCUUGAUUUUCUUAUUAUUACUACUUGAUACUACACUUAUUAGUAAAUUAUCAUUUAAUGUAUCGUUAAGUAUAUCAAAUGUAGGCCUACCUACUGAAUUCGAACCGUGAAACUAUACAAAAUCAUUAAACAUUAAUCAUAACCUAAUUAAUUGGUCAAAAACGCUGUUUCAAAAGAGUUAUAGUGUAAUACAUUCUGUAAUUAUAGUAUAUGUAUGUAACUUCCAACAAAAUCCUUUUAUUUAAACUUGGUAAAAUGUGGUUGUAAAGUUUUAAUCAGUAAGGGUUAUAUUCGGAAUCGACCAAAGUAAAACUAAAUCUUUUUAAAUGGAAAAUUGUACUUACUCAGCGUUGUGUUUUUUGACCAAUGACAAUGCUUAUAUGAAUUAUUUGUUAAACUAGCAAUAAGAUUUUUGUAGUUAUCGAUGUAUACAUGUAUGAUAUUUCUGUAUUUUGUAAAUAUUUGUAAUACAAGAACCAUGUAUAUAAAGUGAAUAACAAUCAAUAGUCUAAGUGUCUGACCAAAUGGAUCAAACUUUUGUUGAUGAAAUUUAAAUACAAGUCAAACUACGGGUAUAUUUUUAAACGACCGUAAGUCUAUCAUUAUCAAAGAGUUGUUUUAGAUAUUUAUGUCUAUGAAAUAUUAAACAUAACAACUUAAGUACCUUGUAAGUGAGCGUGGAAAAUCAUUAAAAUAAUUUAAAUUUGAAAUCUUUGCCAUAAAGUUACUAAUAUUUGGUUAGUUAUCAUUAAUUACUAAAUGUACUAAUGUGAAUACUACAAUAAAAUCAUGAAAUUUGUAACAGUUCUAAAACCUUGACCUUUUCUAAUAUUUUCUUGACCCAAAGUGGCAGAUUCUUGUUAGCUUAACAAAUGUUGACAGGUAGUAAAUUAUUUCUUACUUUGUACCAAAUACUUUUAAAUCUGUAAAAUUUAUAUGUUGAAUGUUGUCGGAAUUUAAUUGUUUUUCUUUUCUGUACUGCUCAAAAUGGAAAAAAUAUAUAUUUGUUGGAAUUAAAAUAACUCCAUAUUGUAUUACUUUUCUACCAAAUAAACUGAUCUCCGAUUUUAAAA